AACAAGCUGCGCCGCUCUCUGCCGGCAGCCAGGCGCCGGGCGCCCUCCUCCUCCUCCUCCUCCUCCGCCGCGGCUCGGUGCUCCUCCUGCACCGCGGCUCGGUGCUCCUCCUCCGGCCCCGCUUGUUGAAUCUCGACACGGGGCUCAUUUUUUAUAAAAGGAGAGGAACAAAAAAAAGAACUAAACAACAACAACACCAACAACACAACUUCCGCGCCCUCUUCGGUGUCUCUCUUCAUCUUCCUGCGGAUUCUCAGACUCCCCGUCCUCCUCCUCCUCUUCAAAUCAUAUAGAAAGUUGACCAUGGCUCGUCCCGGUUCGCGCGUGACGCUCGGCGCCGUGUGGAGAGCGUUUUGGCUCGCGCGCACCGUGGUGGAUUUCGCGCUGCCUCAGGAGAUUUACGCGCCGCACUCGAUACGCACGGAGGGCCUGCUGACCCUCGGCGGGCUGUUCCCGGUGCACUCCCGGGGGGCGGACGGCGCGCCGUGCGGGGACCUGAAGAAGGAGAACGGCAUCCAGCGGCUGGAGGCCAUGAUGUUCGCGCUGGACCAGAUCAACCUGGACGAGCAGCUGCUGCCCAACAUCACGCUGGGCGCGCGGGUGCUGGACACGUGCUCCCGGGACACGUACGCGCUGGAGCAGUCGUUAACGUUCGUGCAGGCCCUGAUCACGAAGGACACGUCCGACGUGCGCUGCACGAACGGGGAGGCGCCGGUGUUCGUGAAGCCCGAGAAGGUGGUGGGGGUCGUGGGAGCCUCCGCGAGCUCCGUGUCCAUCAUGGUGGCCAACAUCCUGCGCCUCUUCCAGAUCCCACAGAUCAGCUACGCGUCGACGGCCCCGGAGUUGAGCGACGACCGACGCUACGACUUCUUCUCGCGGGUGGUUCCUCCGGACUCGUUCCAGGCCCAGGCCAUGGUGGACAUCAUCCGGGCCCUGGGCUGGACCUACGUCUCCACCAUCGCCUCGGAGGGCAGCUACGGGGAGAAGGGGGUGGAGGCCUUCACGCAGCUCUCCAAGGAAGCAGGGGGCAUCUGCAUCGCUCAGUCUCUUAAAGUUCCCCACAACUCUAAACUGGAGGAUUACGACAAAGCCGUGCAGCAGCUGCUGGAGACGCAGCACUCACGGGCCGUCGUCAUGUUCGCCGGCGAGGAAGACAUACGCGGCGUCCUCAACGCCACCAAGAGGGCCAAUCAGGUGGGCCACUUCCUGUGGAUCGGAUCGGACAGCUGGGGCGCCAAAGGGAGCGCCGUGACUCAGCUGGAGGACGCCGCGGUGGGGGCGGUGACCAUCCUCCCCAAACGCUCCUCUAUAGAAGGCUUCGAUGAGUACUUCACCGGGCUCACCCUGGAGAACAACCGCAGGAACGUGUGGUUCGCCGAGUUCUGGGAGGAGAACUUCGACUGCCGGCUCCUCAGCGCCUCCAAGAGGGAGGACAGCAGCCGCAAGUGCACCGGCAAGGAGCGCAUCGGGAGCGAGUCCAGGUACGAGCAGGAAGGGAAGGUCCAGUUUGUGAUCGACGCCGUGUACACGAUGGCACACGCGCUGCACAGCAUGCAGAGGGCGCUGUGCCCCGAGCGGCUCGACGUGUGUCCCCAGAUGGAGGCCGCCGACGGGAAGACGCUGCUGAAGUACAUCCGGAGCACCGGCUUCAACGGCAGCGCCGGCACCUUGGUGGUGUUCAAUAAGAACGGUGACGCUCCCGGCCGCUACGACCUGUUCCAGUUCCAGAUGACCAACUCCUCCACGCCGGAGUACAAGGCGGUGGGCCAGUGGGUGGAGAACCUGCAGCUCAGGCUGGAGGAGCUCCAGUGGCCCGACGGGGAGCAGGAGGUGCCGGUGUCGGUGUGCAGCCUGCCCUGCCGGCCGGGCGAGAGGAAGAAGCGCGUGAAGGGCAUGCCGUGCUGCUGGCUCUGCGAGCUGUGCGACGGCUACCAGUACCGGCACGACGAGACCAGCUGCCGGCUGUGCGCCUACGACAUGCGGCCGGACGCCAACCGCUCCGCCUGCCAGCCCAUCCCCGUGGUCAAGCUGGAGUGGCACUCGGCGUGGGCCAUCAUCCCCGUGUUCCUCGCCAUGCUGGGCAUCGCGGCCACCCUCUUCGUCAUGGCGACGUUCGUGCGCCACAACGACACGCCCAUCGUGCGCGCGUCGGGCCGCGAGCUGAGCUACGUGCUGCUGACGGGCAUCUUCCUGUGUUACAUCAUCACCUUCCUGAUGAUCGCCCGGCCCGACGUGGCGGUGUGCGCCUUCCGCCGCAUCUUCCUGGGCCUGGGCAUGUGCAUCAGCUACGCGGCGCUGCUCACCAAGACCAACCGCAUCUACCGCAUCUUCGAGCAGGGCAAGCAGACGGUGACGGCGCCGCGCUUCAUCAGCCCCACGUCGCAGAUCGCCGUGGCCGCCAGCCUGAUCGCCGUGCAGCUGCUCGGCGUGCUGCUGUGGUUCGCCGUGGACCCGCCCGGCACCGUGGUGGACUACGACGAGCAGAAGACCGUGGACCCGGCGGUGGCGCGCGGCGUGCUCAAGUGCGACAUCACGGACCUGCAGAUCAUCUGCUCGCUGGGCUACAGCAUCCUGCUCAUGGUCACCUGCACCAUCUACGCCAUCAAGACGCGCGACGUGCCCGAGGACUUCAACGAGGCCAAGCCCAUCGGCUUCACCAUGUACACCACCUGCAUCGUGUGGCUGGCCUUCAUCCCCAUCUUCUUCGGCACCGCCCAGUCGGCGGAGAAGCUGUACAUCCAGACGACCACGCUGACCAUCUCCAUGAACCUCAGCGCCUCGGUGGCGCUCGGCAUGCUGUUCAUGCCCAAGGUCUACGUCAUCCUGCUGCACCCCGAGAUGAACGUGCAGAAGAGGAAGCGCAGCUUCAAGGCCGUGGUCACCGCCGCCACCAUGUCCUCCCGCCUCACGGCCAAGCCGAGCGAGCGGCCCAACGGCGAGGCCAAGACCGAGCUGUGCGAGGCCCCGCCCACCGCCGCCGCCGCCGCCGACCCCAUGAGUCAAGCCACCAAGAAAACCUACGUGAGCUACAACAACCUGAGGAUCUGAGGGGAGAGUUCUGCCUUCGGGAGGAAAAGAUAAAGAAUUUAAAAAAAACAAAGAUGGGGAAGUGGGGGGGGCCUCCAGGACCGAGGAGCGCCUCCACCUCCACCUCCAGACAGGAAGUCCUGACGGAGACGCAGCUACCGGACUGUAGGUUUUAAACUUGCCACCCUCCACCUCCUCCUCCUCCUUCUCCUCCUCCUCCCGUCUCCUGCCUGCUAAAAGGAGGACAAACCACGAGGGGAGAUUAAAAAUAAAAAAUAAAAAACGUGACGGUGGAUCUGCUUUCCAGAUAUUCUCCUCAUGUCAUUAAAGCCAUAUUCUCGCGAGGUUUGUUCCUCCCGUUUCUGUUCCGUAUCGUUUCAGUGAUUCUUCUUCUGCGCCUCUUUCUCCUGCAGCUGAUUCUUCUUCUGCGCCUCUUUCUCCUGCAGCUGAUUCUUCUUCUGCGCCUCUUUCUCCUGCAGCUGAUUCUUCUUCUGCGCCUCUUUCUCCUGCAGCUGAUUCUUCUUCUGCGCCUCUUUCUGCUGCAUCUGAUUCUUCUUCUGCGCCUCUUUCUGCUGCAGCUGAUUCUUCUUCUGCGCCUCUUUCUCCUGCAGCUGAUUCUUCUUCUGCGCCUCUUUCUCCUGCAGCUGUUUUAAUAAAACACUUCUGUGUUUCUGAAGCGGACUCCGGUCCCAGGUGGUUGUUUUACGUUUAGAGUGAUGAGGCAUCGUAAGUAUAUAUAUGAAUAUAUAUACAUAUAUAUUUUUUGUAAAUAUUGGAGAGUAUUUUUCAUGUCUGGAGAGUAGAUCUGCGGCCGAACGGGAAGGUGUUCACGCUGCAUGUGUCCGUUUCUACUCGAUGUCGACCAGAAGAAGAAGAAGAAGAUUAAAAGAGGUGAAGACGUUCUGCUCACAGCUUCCUGCAUCCGGCUGACGUUUGUUUUCUUUACCGGAAACUGAGUUAAAUGACAGAAUAUGGCUUUAAUACCCCCCCCCCGUGUCUACCGCAUGUUUGUGUCGAUGGAGCCUGAUGGUUGUGUGUGUGGAGCGUCAUGAGUCGUGAUGUCUUAACAACGUGUAAUAAAAUCAUUUUGUUAUCUUUUAUACAACUAAA